UGAAACGGAAGUCAAUAUUGAUCAAAGCGCCAUCUGUUGCAUGGCGCCAUCUUGCAAGUUUUUAGCAAAACAUCAACUUUGCAGCAAAGAUGGAGGUCGAGAAGAUUGAUUUGUCUCUUGAUGACAUCAUCAAGUUAAAUAGAAAAGAACAGAGAAGCAGGGGAAGAGGCAGUGGACGAGCUCGAGGAGUCCAGGGUGUGCGUGGUCGUGGUGUGUUAGGUGGGAGAGGCAUCUCUGUUGGAAGAGGAAGAGGUGCUGCACGUGGGCGUGGUGGUCAAACCUCAACUCGUGGCAACCGUGGUAAAUUAGGAAAUACUAGAGGAGGUCAGACCAAUUUCAGGGGCAGAGGUCAAAACAAGUUCAAACAGUUGAAAACAAAUGCAAGUGGAUCCCGUGGAAGAGGCAGAGGUAGAGGUCAAAAGAGAGGUCAAGGAGGAAAUCCUAAAGGAAUCAGCCCACUGAACAGGAGUGUAUCGGACCUACGACAGAAUGUGACAGGCGGUGCUAGACAGGGAGUAAAUCAGACAUUACAACAGAGGAGGACUAAAGCAUUACAGGCACUCCAAAACGCCAAAGAAACAUUAGCUAAAAUACAACUGCAGCAGAAAUCCUCUAGACAAAAUACUGUUAAUACAAGAAGAGGAAUACAGACUCAAUAUACUUCAAAUUCCACACAAUACAGAGGGAGAGGCCGAGGCAGAGGCCGUGGCCGAGGAACAUCGCGGGGACGAGGAGGCCGGGGGAGAGGGAAUGUUUAUGUUAACCAGAACUUUGGGUCUCAGGAACAGUAUGGCAGCACCACAUCCCUAGCAUCACAGAACAAUCGUAAACGCAGGCAAUGGCGACCAUCAACAAAUGACUCUCAAGACAACAUCCUCUUAGUACAUGUAAAUAACCAGAAGCCUCUUCAAAGAGUGAAACAACAACAAAAACAACCUACCUUUAGACAGCAAAUUGCGAACCUCAAGCCAUCUCAAAGCCAGUCAUUUAGUAUGCAGAAAAAAUUCUUUGCACAGAACUCGACUGGAGUAAGCUUAUCUGAUAGAUUCGCUGGAGGAACAAAGACGUUUGCCGGACCAAGUGGGGACGGGAGGAAAGUUUUCUUCUAAUACUUGGAUCAUAACAUUUCAAGGACUAUUCAUUGAUCAACAAUAAUCUGUGUGAACAUCAACGUAAGGAAGGGAACUUUGGAAGAGUGUGUGGUUAUAUGCAGCUCCAUUUUUAUAUCAUUUCCAUCCAUGUUUUGAAGGAAUAUUUGUUUUAGUUUAAAACUGUUUUAUAUAUAUCAUUUAUUAAUGUCUUAGUUAAUUCAUCCUGGAUCUUUAAGAAAAAGGUUUACUCAUUCUGACAAUUCCUUGGAUAAUAAAAGCAGUCCCCAAACUUUGUUUUGGGUAACUUAGGAAAAUCCUUUAGGAAAAUUUGUGACUUAAAACUGCGUAAACUUGUGACUUAGCAGGUUUUAAUACAUAUGUUUGACUAUACGGAAGUCAGGUUUUAAUACAUAUGUUUGACAAUAUGGAAGUCAGGUUUUAAUACAUAUGUUUGACAAUACGGAAGUGGAUACAACCUGUAUGUAACUUGUGACUUAGCAGGUUCUAGUCUACAUAUGUAUGCCAUUACCGUGGUCAACACAGCCUUUACAUUAACUUGUGACUUACCAGGUUUUAGUGUAUGAUACUACUGUGAUGGACACAGCCUUAAGCUAUACUAAUAGAUUUAAUUAGCAGGUUGUAGUUUAUGUAUGCAGUGUUUUAUUUACCCUUUUCACUUAAGGAUCCCUGUACUGCUGCCAAAAACUACCUACGCAAUGCAUUGGAAACUGUUUUUUCUAACAUCAUUAUAGCUUUGUUUAAUCAUUUCUGAAAAGAAAACCAUAGCUUUGUUAAAUCAUUUCUGAAAAGAAAACCAUACCUUUUUAUGGAAAAUUAAUAAAGGAGAAGUAAACAAAAUAUAACCAACAACAGUGUUCAGAGUGUAAAACAGGGCUAGACUGUUCAAACCAUGGACUUUAGAUUGUCAUUGUAAUUCUAUUGCUUUAAGACGGUUGAAUCUAAAAGAAAAUUAAGGGUAUGUUUUUUUACAAAAACAGUGCAGUGAGAUAGGGAUCCUUAAUUGUUGAAAAGCACUGAGCCAUUUUAUAUGAAAUAAGUUUAAAAUUUAACCUGUCAAAUUAAAAAAAAAGAGGCUUUAUUGGACUCAUGCCUUCCAGGUAAAAAGUACACUGUAUAUAUGAUAUAAGUAUAAGAACUCAAUUGUUUUUUUUUAUUUUUAAUUGUUAUUAAUUAGGAUAACAAGUCCUUUUAUGUUAUAGUUUAUUAAGUGAACAUGUCACAAAAUGUCAGCCUUAUACACAGAUUGGUACCUACGAUGCAUACAUAGAUAUUGAAUUUACUGUACUAACAGUAUGGUUGAAUAGGUAUCAUUCUUACACUACCCAUUUCAACACUCCAGGGUUUACACCAACUUUUACUCUCUGCAUCCCUGGAAUAUGUCGUAGCAAAAUUGAAGGCACACAUAUACAGCUAGUUAUUUGAUGGCUUUCAGGUAAAAGAAAACACCUUACCAAUCACUAAGCUGAUACCUGUCCUUAUAAGCUUACAGAGGAGCGACGCCCAACUUCACAGCCAGUCAGCUUUACUGUUACGCGACCAAGAGAUUCUUUUGAUGUACGUCGAAAGAUCAAACUAGUCUUCUUGUCUCAUCCACAUGUUGGUGCUCACGAGCCUUCAAUAUUGCUAUGACAUAUUCAAGGGGUGUAUAGAGAGCAAAAGUGAGCAUAACCCCUGGAGUAUCAAGGAUAUACACUAUCAUGCAUAUCAUAAUAUGUUUCUUUCCCAGGAAAUCAAUUUCAUGGUUUCUUAUUGAAAGAUUGAUUAUCAUUUUUAUCAUCUCUCUAACUGGUAAAAGAUCAAACUUCAGUGUCCUUAAUAAACUUGAACUUGUAACUUUCUGUAUCAUCAGGAGAAGUGACAAGUUCUAGACUUUUUCUAGCUAACAGCCUUUAGUUUGUAAUUGGAAUUUGUUAUACAUGUAUGAAGCCCAUUUCAGAAUAUUGAAGGAGACUUCAUAAUGACCAUAACUCGUUAUUUUUCUUCAUAUUAAAGGUUUAUUACAAUACAAUUGUCUUGGACCCCAUCACCCAUGUAUGAACUUUUAUAAGUGCCUCCUUGCCCCAAAAUCUCCCACACCCUUACUCAGUGGUCUCUUGUAUGUAGUAGCACUAAGACUAAAGACCUUCGAUGACUGUCAGCUCAUCAACACUUUAUGGUAUUAAAUCAGUGUUUUCCCCUACACAUUAUAUUGUGCUAUAAAGGUGAUUGAAACACCUUCAUUUUGGAUAUUUAGAUGUUGACCAUGUUUGUUUUCCAUGUUUUGUUGCUAAAAUCUGGUUGUGAUUUAUUCUGAUCAUUGUCCAAAAUUGAUUGUUUUGAUAUGUAGAAUCUGAUGGUAUUGGUUGGUAAUUUUCAGCUUUGUAUACAUAAUUUAAUUUAUGACUUCAGUAACUCAAGUUUGGGUUUUAAAUGUGAAGAUUUUAGACAAAAUUCUGAUGUUCAGGAUGUGUCCAACAAAUUUGCCAAAUCUAAAAAAAUGAUUGAACAAGAAUGAUCUUUGUGAAUCCUGCUAGACUUGAAGAUAAGUUAAACUGUAAAAUAUGUAGGUCCAAUGGUGUUACCUUUAUGUGAGGUGUGUGGGUGACUAGGAGGAAUCGUUCACCAUGAGAAACACUUGCUAAUUAAUGGAUAUUGAAAAACAAUGUUAGGAUCUUUUGUACCACUGCCAAAAACUAACUAUACAUUGAAAACAGUAUUUACCAGCAUGACCAUAGCUUUGAUAUAUCAAUUCUAAAAGGAAAACCUUACCUUCUGGGAUUUGUGAAAAUAAUAAAACAGAAAAAAAUCAGAAUGCAAUGAUCAGCAGUUUUGAGCGAGGAAAAAUCAGCUGGGCUAGACCAGGUUUUGAACCUAGGACCUUGUAUUGUUAUACUAUUGCUCUAACGAAAUGACCUACUUGGUCAACGGAAGUUUCUUUGCCCAAUUGUGCUUAAACUAUAUAUUUACAAAAAACCAACAACCUACAAAUACAGUACAACUCUGUAGAAGUUUGCUUGCAGAUGGAUAGACCUCCAGAAUAUUUUGGUUCCGUGGUGUAUCUGAUAUGAAACAAUAAAGACAGUACUGAUGUUAACAGGUAUAAAAAUGAAGAAAAAAAUGUCAUAAAUUGGUAAGUUAAAGUGAUUUCUUUCACUUAACAUCUUUGGCAUAAAAAAGAUAGCCUGAUCAGCUCAUUCUUUACUUUUAUAUCUUAAAUGAUAUAUAUGUAGGAACUCGUGUGUAUGUUUUAUGACUCCUAUCAUAGUAAGUUAGUUUUAAGGAUCCCGGUACCACUGCCAAUAAAUUAUAGCCAAGCAUUAGGAACUUUUGUUUUGUUGCGACAUGGCCCUGUUGACCCAUUCACCCCUCGAAUCUCAGAAUUAAUUAUUACAACCUUUGAAUUGGAAGAGUUCAAAUGUGUGUUCAGGGGUGAAUGAGUUUAAUCAUUUUUGAAAAGGAAAACAUAUCGGUAGUGCCAUGGCCCAACUGUGUAAGAGUGACAUAUCCAAAACGAAAUUAAGGGGAGGUUACUGUAUACACAAAUGACUGGAACUCUCUAGUGUUUUGCCUGCAGUGGGACAGGAUCUUUCUAUUUUUUAUUUACAGAAAUGUAAGUACCUUGCUUUAUCAAUGUAUUCACUAAUUGUCCUUAAAGUCAUAUUGUCACAAAGACAGUACACCAGGAAAAGGUCUAGCAUGGACUUGUCAAUGAUGUCAGAAAAUGUCCAAAUUACCUUCUUAGUCCCAAUACGCUCGUCGCAAUUAUAUGUUUUGCAUCAGAAAAUAUGUACUCAAUAAACUGACUCGUACCCUCAAACUCUGGAAAUGGUCAACUAUGUUUGAUAAAUUGGGGCUUAUUACAAAUAUUCACCAACUUAUUUCUAAAAUCAUGAUACAUGUAUUUCAAUAUUUUUAAUACAGACAACAUGGGUACUGUUAAAUAAUAGAGCUGAUAAGGCUUUGAGCACAGGGUCCUUUAUGUUGUUUAUUUUAUAUGAUCGGGUCAGAUUUUACAUGAUCGAACCAGCAUCAGCCAUCUGUAUUGAAGGAUGUGUGUUCGUAGGUUGAGCCUCGCCAAUGUAUUAUAUACGAUUAUACUGUGUAAGAUUUAAUAGUUUCAUGGAGGGCGAUUGUAUAUUUGUACCUUUGGGUCCUUCAUUUUAGUCUCAUUCAUUAGAUUCACACUAUAAAAGAUGAAUUUGUU